UUGGACUUGGACUUGUAGGAGGCGGCAGAGCCACAAGUGGAGGAGAAGAGGAAGCAACCACAGAGGAACUGUUGUUGGAGCGGAGACCAUUCCAUCUGCCAGAGGAUGUUGUUUGUGCGGCUCUUGGUGGGCCUUCUCCUCACUGCCACAGGCGCCCCCUGCCCCAUCCAGCUGAGCCCCUCCAGGGUUGUGGUGAAGUACGGAGACCCCGUGUGGGUCAACUGCAGCUCCUCAGACCCCCUGUACAGCGGGAUGGGCUGGGAAGCAACAGUGGGAGGAACCAGCCUUACGCAAAGCCGCCAUUUGACCUGGAGCGUGGACGCGCUGACGACCUGGAAAAUCUCGCCCAAAUGCUACAUCAACCCAUCGGCGGGAAGUCCCAGGAAGCAGUGCUCCAAGACGCUGGACGUGGUCGUUUACACGUUCCCAGAGAGCAUCGACAUCAAGCAGGAGGGGACUCCAGUCCGCAGUGCUGUGCUGGAAGAAGGAGACGUGCUUGACUUGAAAUGUGAGGUGGGCAAAAUAGCGCCCAAGUCCCAAGUCAUUGUGAAGUGGCACAGCAGCAGCAGCAAUACAUUCUUACAUGCGUCCAACCACCACGCACACACUAAGGAACCUGUUGAGCUGAUCUCUUCAUAUGAUUAUUCUGCCAAAAUGGAUGACCAGAUCCGAUGUGAGGCUUAUUUGGACCUGAGACCAGAGGGACCAGAACUCAGUGUCUUUUCACCAGUGUUCAAUCUCUCUGUUGUUGACGGACCACACUUUGAGUGCUCUGGCUGGGAAGUUCUCAGAGUGCAGGAACAUUCUAUGAGGACCCUGCAGGACCUCUGCCCCGUGAAAGGCAAUCCCACCCCUGUGGUCAAAUGGCUAAAAGACGGGAGGACGGUGAACCCCUGGGUUCCUGUGACCAGGGACUAUUCAGGACAGUACUUCAUCCAAGCAGACGGCGCCAAGUCUGCCACCCAGCAGGUGGAGCUGGUGGUCCUGCAUGACGACGUACAGGUGACGUGUCCAGUCCUCCACCACGUGAUGGAGCACACUUCUCUGGGCCAGAACCUCCCCUGCGCUGUGGAGGGCUUCCCUAAGGCGCAGGUCAGCUGGUACAAAGACGGAGAGCAGGUGGAGCUCUCGGAGCCCCUGACCAGAUAUGACGCGGGGCCGUACGUGGUGGUUGCUUCCAACAUGUACUCCAGCGCCAACGCCACAGUGGAGCUGGACGUUCAAUACGAGCCGUCGGCCAUCGAGGAGCUGCUGGAUGUUGUGGCUGAGCUGGACUCUGACGUGUGGCUGAAGUGCUCCGCCAGAGGCAACCCUCGACCCGACUACACCUGGACUAAUGACCACCGCGACAAUAUUCAGGCCAUAAUUGAAGAUGGAGUGUCACGUUUGCUAAUCCCAAAUGUGACCGUGACCAACGAGGGCACCUACACGUGCCACGCCCGUAACCUGGCAGGCAACACUUCUCGAAGUGCCCGAGUCUCCGUGAAAGUUCCCCCGGUGUGCGAGCAGACAGACUUGGCGUGCGGCUCUACUUGCGUCCCUAAAAGUCUCAUCUGUGACGCCGUGAAAGACUGCUUGGAUGGCUCGGACGAGGCUCCGGAAUUAUGCCCUACGGCCGAUGGUGAAGCCCACGAAUGCCCCAUUAGGAUACACCCCGAGGUCCUGGUGCUGGAAUACAAAAGCCAUGGGCAGAAUGUAACAUGCAUGCCCACACUCGCCACGGGCUCUGGAAACGACAUGAAAACUAAGUGGUUAGAUGGGCGUGGCGUCCACGGCAAGACAUGGUCUCCUGACACCUGCAAAGACUGGGACCCUCAUCCUGUCUGCUCCGCUGUGUUCCAGGAGAGAACAAUCUGCCAGAAAGAUCUGAACUUCACUCUCUACAAAAUGCCAGACAGCGUCGCCAUCCGUCCUGAGGAGAACGUGAGCCUUGGUGAGGGCACCUUGUGGCAGCUGCAUUGUGACAUCAUCAACGUGGCUCCCGCACACCGCCUAGCUGUGCGCUGGUACCACGGCAAUGAAACAUUACAGCCGGCGGUCAGAGGGCCACUGCGAUUGGCUGACUGCCUGCCUGAAAGGGACGCCAACGGUACGUGUGACAUCAGCGCCAUCAGGACGCCGCUCAACGUGUCUUCUAGUGCCAGCGUCCGUCUCUACCGAGACCUGAAGGGAGCUCAUUUGCGGUGUGAGGUGUACUUGGAGCUGGGAGCAGGGGGGCCGCAGCCCCCUCCCUCCAUGAUGUCUGAUCCUGUCAGCGUCACCGUCCACUACAAGCCCGUCAUCAACACCACCAAACUGCCCACGGUGGUGCCGCUGUUCCGAGGUUACCCCGAGGAGCUGGUGUGUGAGGCUGAUGGCCACCCACCGCCGGAGAUUGUCUGGAUCCACGCUGCAGACGCUCGUGUCUCGGGGGGCAACAUCACGGUAACGGAGGCAGGUCUCUACACCUGCAGGGCCUCUAAUUACCUGGACAUGGUCUUCUAUAAGGUUGAAGUCAUUCCAAAAGAGGACUACCUGCCCCUCAUAGCCGGCUUUGUGGCGGCCACGGUGGUGAUCAUCUCCGUCAUCUUCCUCUUCAUCUACUCCAUCUACUACAAGAACACCAAGAUGCGGCGCUACAGCCUGAAGAACCCCAAAGUGGAGCUGCAGACGGGCCACGUGGCCCACAACGGCUGGGACCUGCAGUUCCCCAUGACCAAGCUGUCCUAGCAGCUGUCCUAGCCUGAUGUUGAACUAAGUGGACAGCUGGCUCUUUUCUACUUCUAAACAGCACAAAGGGAAUUUGAAGUUCUCCAGCCUUUUUGACACAACACAUUUAGGAAGCACUCUGCGCUUUUAACAGAGGAAGUGCACUACUUUGUCUUUGAGGGAAAAGCUCAUCUGCUGUGUGCUUGUUUUUAUUGCUAAUCACUGAGCCUUUUCUACCGCCUGAGAGUACACCACUGUGCACGUGUGGUGUGGCCUUCUUCUGUGCCACACGCUCUUCUAAAAGCUAAUUACACUUUGUAUUGCUCGGCAUGGCAAAAGGACUGCAUUGUUAUUAUUGAUGUAAACGUGCUAGGUGAGGUGACACGUGUGUGAAUAUUGCUGUAAAUAUUUAUGACUGAGAAAGGAUUUUAAAUAUAUAUAUAUUAUUAAAGAUAUGGCUUAUUAGAAAAUGUGUUGAGUAUGUGCAGAAACAAAAACGGGAGACUACUUUUCUUCCUAAAACACUGUUUGACAAUGACAACUAUUGCACUUACAGUUGUUUACAUAAGAAGAAGGAACAUAGAAAUGGGAGUCAGACGUACAAACACGUUUUUCCGGCCCGCAGGAUGAGUUUGCUAAGUACCAAAAUGAGAGAAACUGCCAUUCUAAAUGUGUCCAGUAGAUGUCGCAAUAGCAAUUAUUUGUAUCUUUGUAGAUGAUUCUACAUAUGUACAAAAUAAACCACAUGUUAGUACAUCAGUGGAGGAAAAUGAUUAAACUACAUAAAUAACAUCCACUAAUUCGAUUUUGAUAUUUUUAUCUUGAUAGAUUGAAAAUGAACACCAAUGAGUUGACUGAUGAACAUUAUCACGUCAUUUAUUCAGAAACUAUAAAUAACGACAAAGAUAGAAUACUAUUUAAGUGAAAAAAAACACAUUAAUUUUUAAACAAAACAAUCUGAAGUUGUCUUUAUUUUUAAGUUAUCGUGCUGUGAUUUUGGGAGUGGGUUUUUCUCCACGUGGCCCCCACAUGUAAAAUGACUUUUGACACCCCUGGGCUAAAUGAUGAUUUAGAUCAGGGGUCUCACACUUGUUUUGGUCGAGGGCCACAUUGCAGUCCUUAGAGGGCCGCUUGUCACAGCCAAUAAUAUAUGAAUUUGUCUAUUUGAAUAUGAUAUCUUUUUUUAUGCACACUGUAAAAAAACAAUCUGUAUAUUUUACAGUAAAAACUGGCAACUCACUCACCGGAAUUUUACUGCAGUAAAAAGUGUUUUUGUUUUUUUUACAAUAUUUUACAGUAAAUGGAAAAAGUGUCAUCUUAGUGGCCAGAACUUUACAGUAAAAUGUGCUGUGGUUUGACAGUCUUACUGUAAAUGGAAAAACGGCACCACUUUUUAUUUUUUAUUCUGGCAACAAGCUGCCAGUUUUUUACCCUCAAAAAAAUGUGUGACCCUUUUUCCGUUUACAGUAAUACACGGUGGUGUGGCGUCAGGGCCAGCAAGACCUUCUCUGCUGGCCUAACAUAACCACAAAUCUUCAUCAUAACUAAUGAUAAAAGUCUUUUUUUAUUUACUUUCUCUAAAUAUGUAAAAGUAUUCAUAUUCUCUUCAUGUCAUAUUAUGCUCCUUCCAGUGUUGUUUUUAGGUUAUAGAGUUUUUAUCCAAUCAGAAUCCAGCUAGCUUAUGUUGCCAUGCUGUUUGAAAUCUGCCUUCAGAAUCAACAAUGUGUGUGCACUGGAAGUGAACGGACACAUACAGUUGAUAGACAGUUGCCAUAGCCAAUCAGAUCACCAGUUGUUGUCAAUAAGGCCUUCUAGAUGGCCUAAGGCAGAUAUAUAUAUAGUGAUGUUAGGAUCGGGU